AUGAAUGCCCCCGGGGUGAUGGGUUUCAGCGCUUUCCAAAAGAUCUCUGCUGCCAUGAGGGUAAUUGCGUAUGGCAUCCCUGCGGAUUACACCGACGACUAUCUUCGAAUUGGCGAAGAUACUACCACGGAGUCAGUCCGCAGGUUUGCUCGCAUGAUUAUCAAGUUGUACGGGCCUACGUAUCUCCGAGCUCCCAACGAGGAUGACACCAAACGGUUGAUGGAGAUAAAUGAGAAAAGAGGUUGGCCUGGAAUGCUUGGUAGUCUCGAUUGUAUGCAUUGGACAUGGAAGAAUUGUCCAAAAGCAUGGCAUGGACAGUACUGUGGCAAGAGCAAAGAUGCAACCAUUGUCCUUGAGGCCGUAGCAUCACAAGAUUUGUGGAUUUGGCAUUGUUUUUUUGGUUUGCCGGGGACACUCAAUGACAUCAACGUCCUGCAAAGGUCUCCUUUGUUUGCUAAAUUAGCAAAUGGGGAAGCACCCACUUGCAACUACAAGGUCAUGAACAAUGAGUACACAAUGGGCUAUUACCUAGCCGAUGGCAUCUAUCUGGAUUGGGCAACUUUUGUUAAGUCUGUCAAGGAUCCCCAAGAUAGAAUAGAAGCUGAAUUUGCCAAGGCUCAAGAAGCAGCUCGCAAGGACAUUGAGAGAGCUUUUGGUGUUUUGCAAGCAAGAUUUGCCAUUGUUCGUGGCCCAGCCAGAUUUUGGGACAAGAAAACCCUUGUCAACAUCAUGACAUGUUGUGUGAUUCUUCACAACAUGAUCAUCGAGGAUGAAAGAGACUUGAGCUUGCCCUGCUUCUAUGACAAUGUUGGCACCCGAGUGGAACCCCAACGCAAUCCGGAUCGCAUUGAAGGUUUCCUUGAGGCACAUCGGCAGAUUGUGAAUUCCACUACCCAUGCCCAGCUCGUCUAUGAUCUGAAGAUGCACCACUGGCAGCGACAUGGCCAUCGCCUUUGA